GUAUACCAGUAACGAAGUUUUCCGCAAGUAAAAACGGCGAGUAUGGUUUACCAAUAUGUUCAAUGUUCAAGGAUGUUAGUCCACAAAAUUUCGCAUUCGGUUGGAUGCCACAGUUGGCUAUGAUUUCUAAAUAUGUAAACACGGAUAAUUUCGG